CCCCACCCGGGCCCGCGGUCCAGCUCGCUCCGCUGCCAGGUCGCUCUGCUCGCCGCGCCCGCCCAGCCCAGUCUCGCUUACAAAAUGUCCACUGUUCAUGAAAUUCUGUGCAAGCUCAGCUUGGAGGGUGAUCACUCCACCCCACCCAGUGCUUAUGGCUCGGUCAAGGCCUACCCCAAUUUCGAUGCCGAGAGAGAUGCCCUGAACAUCGAAACAGCCAUCAAGACUAAAGGGGUGGACGAGGUCACCAUCGUCAACAUCCUGACCAACCGCAGCAACGAGCAGAGACAGGAUAUUGCUUUCGCCUACCAGAGAAGGACCAAGAAGGAACUUCCUUCCGCGCUGAAGUCAGCCUUGUCCGGCCACCUGGAAACCGUGAUUUUGGGCCUAUUGAAGACACCUGCUCAGUAUGAUGCUUCCGAGCUGAAGGCAUCCAUGAAGGGCCUGGGGACCGACGAGGAUUCUCUCAUUGAGAUCAUCUGUUCCAGAACCAACCAGGAGCUACAGGAAAUCAACAGAGUCUACAGGGAGAUGUACAAGACGGAUCUGGAGAAGGACAUUGUCUCCGACACUUCCGGUGACUUCCGCAAGCUGAUGGUGGCUCUCGCCAAGGGCAGGAGAGCAGAGGAUGGCUCUGUCAUCGACUAUGAGCUCAUUGACCAGGAUGCACGGGAUCUGUAUGACGCAGGAGUGAAGAGGAAGGGAACUGACGUCCCCAAGUGGAUCAGCAUCAUGACCGAGCGGAGCGUGUGCCACCUCCAGAAAGUGUUCGAAAGGUACAGGAGCUACAGCCCUUAUGACAUGGAGGAGAGCAUCAAGAAGGAAGUCAAGGGGGACCUGGAAAAUGCUUUCCUGAACUUGGUCCAGUGCAUCCAGAACAAGCCCCUGUACUUCGCUGACCGCCUGUAUGACUCCAUGAAGGGCAAGGGCACGCGCGACAAGGUGCUGAUCCGCAUCAUGGUAUCCCGGAGUGAGGUGGACAUGCUGAAGAUCAGGUCUGAGUUCAAGAAGAAGUACGGCAAGUCCCUGUACUACUACAUCCAGCAAGACACCAAGGGUGACUACCAGAAGGCGCUGCUGUACCUGUGCGGUGGAGACGACUGAGCCCAGCCCCGCCCUGCAGCCUACCCCAGCUACCAGCUGUAGGACGCAGCUUGCAGCUAACCCCGCAGCCUGGCCCGCCCGCCCCAGCUGCCCCCCACACCGCCUGCCUUGCCCGGCUUCUCUCGUAGCCCCAGAGCUGAUCUCCCCAUGGUCUGGGGAGUGAAAUCUAUGAUGUGAAACACGUUGCCUCUUAUGUACUGUCAACAGGUGAAUAAAUGGAAUUUUUACUUUGGAAA